AUGCCAGAAGCAAUCAUGCCACCAUCCAAGCGAGUACUGGUCGACGCCACCAACAAUGUUGGUCUCUCGAAGUCUGCCAGCGUGCUCAAGAAGCGGAAGCUCGACAAUGAGGGUACUGUGCAACUCCCUUCUUCACAAGCUGCUCGGAGAAAGAUCGGCUCCACCCAACCCCAGAAGAGUCAGUUCGAGGAGGAGGUCUUGGAAAAACUGACACAAGACAUCGGUAAUCUCAAAAACAAUAACUCCGAGAAGGAUCAACAAUGGGAGCGUCCCCCGCUAGGUGAUCUCGAUGCAAAGACCCAGAACAUCUGCUUUCAACAAAUUGAUGCAGAGGAAUCCACACUGGCAGGCAAGCCUGCGAUUCGGCUUUUCGGUGUUACUGAGGUCGGACAAUCCGUUUGCCUCCACGUCACCGGCUUUCAACAUUACCUAUACAUCGCUGCUCCCGUCGGUUUCACUAAAGAUGACUGCAUUCCGUACAAAGGAUUCUUGGAAAAUAAACUGGGACAGCAAAUGCCUGUCAUCGCAAAUGUUGAGCUCACAAUGCGCGAGAAUAUCUAUGGAUUCCAAGGGAAUCAGAAAAGCUGGUACAUCAAAAUCACAGUCACUGAACCGAGAAAUGCCGCGAGAUUGCGAAGUGCACUAGAGAGCGGCAGUGGAAGCAUGAAUUACAAGGGAAUGUGGAGCAGCGCGGACGGAAUCCUCACCUUCGACAAUAUUCAAUAUCUCCUCCGAUUCAUGAUUGACACUGGGUUGGCUGGAAUGGCGUGGGUCGAAGCAAUGGCUGGAAAGUACCGCGUCCUCUCCAAGGCUGAAAGCUUGUCGACCUGCCAAAUUGAAGCAGCAGUCGACUAUCAUGAUAUGAUUGCUCAUGCACCCAAUGGAGAAUGGGCAAAAAUGGCACCUCUGCGCAUUCUUUCCUUCGAUAUCGAGUGUGCCGGCCGAAAGGGCAUCUUCCCGGAACCUCACAUGGACCCGGUUAUCCAAAUCGCCAAUGUUGUGACCCGAUACGGAGAGUCGAAGCCUUUCAUUAGAAAUGUGUUUGUCCUUGAUACGUGCAGUUUGAUUGUCAACACGCAGAUCUUAGAGUUCCAAAAGGAGGAAAAGAUGCUCGACGCGUGGCAGGAAUUUGUACAAAAGGUGGACCCCGAUGUUAUCAUCGGAUACAACAUUGCCAACUUCGAUUUUCCUUAUCUACUGGAUCGUGCCAAACACCUGAAAUGCACCGGUUUCCCAUACUGGACCCGACUGAAGGGAAUGAAGACGGAGGCUAAGGACGCCAACUUUUCCAGUAAACAGAUGGGCAACCGUGAUACGAAGGCAACGAAUACGAAUGGCAGGAUUCAACUCGAUUUACUUCAAUUGGUUCAGAGAGAUCACCAGCUGAGAAGUUACACCCUUAAUUCCGUAUCAUACGAGUUUCUGAAAGAGCAAAAGGAGGACGUUCACCAUACGAUGAUUACCGAACUGUUCAACGGAACGCCUGAUUCAAGGCGGCGUCUCGCAGUGUACUGUUUGAAGGAUGCAUACCUACCACAACGUCUAAUGGACAAGUUGAUGUGUUUGGUGAACUAUACGGAAAUGGCAAGGGUAACGGGUGUUCCCUUCAAUUUCCUUUUGUCCCGAGGACAGCAAGUGAAGUUUAUCAGCCAGCUUUUCCGAAAAGCGCGUGAGCAACAACUUGUUAUCCCCAAUUCGAAGCCACAAGACGAACAGGACUACGAAGGUGCCACCGUCAUUGAGCCUGAGCGAGGAUAUUAUGGUGUUCCAAUUGCCACACUCGAUUUCGCAUCUCUGUAUCCCUCCAUCAUUCAAGCACACAACCUCUGCUACACGACUUUGCUCAACAAGAAUAGCGUUGAAAAGAUGAACUUCGUGAAAGAUGAGGAUUACAUUGUCACCCCUAACGGAGAUAUGUUCUGCACAAAAAAGGUUCGCAAGGGUCUUUUGUCCCAGAUUCUCGAGGAACUGUUGUCUGCAAGAAAGCGCGCGAAGAAGGAACUGGCCACCGAGACAGACUCCUUCAAGAAAGCCGUUCUGAACGGUCGUCAGCUAGCUUUGAAAAUCAGUGCCAACAGUGUUUACGGUCUUACUGGUGCCACCGUUGGCAAACUGCCUUGUUUGCCCAUUGCCAGUAGCACUACAGCUUACGGUCGUCAGAUGAUUGAGAAGACAAAGCAAGAGGUAGAGACACGCUACACUAUUGCCAACGGAUACUCCCACGAUGCUCAAGUCAUCUAUGGUGAUACUGAUUCGGUCAUGGUCAAAUUCGGUGUUACCGAACUCGAAGACGCGAUGAAGCUCGGCCAGGAAGCUGCCGAUUACGUCUCGUCCAAAUUCAUCAACCCCAUCAAGCUCGAGUUCGAGAAGGUGUAUUUCCCCUAUCUUUUGAUCAACAAGAAGCGGUAUGCUGGACUGUACUGGACGAGAGCCGACAAGCAUGAUAAGAUGGAUACCAAGGGUAUCGAGACUGUGCGGCGUGACAAUUGCUUAAUGGUUCAGAAUGUCAUCGAAACCGUGCUGAACAAGAUCUUGAUCGACAGAGAUAUCGAUGGCGCCCAAGAUUACGUCAAAGCUACUAUCUCAGAUCUUCUACAAAAUAAGAUUGAUAUGUCCAAACUGGUCAUUACCAAAGCGCUUUCUAAGCGUAAAGAAGACUAUGCUGGCAAACAGGCUCACGUGGAACUUGCUGAGCGCAUGCAUAAGCGUGAUGCGGGUUCUGCGCCAACACUUGGUGACCGUGUUGCCUACGUCAUGAUCAAGGGUGCUAGCGACUCAAAGGGCUACGAACGAGCAGAAGAUCCCAUCUUUGUCCUAGAGAACAACAUCCCCAUCGAUACUAAAUAUUAUCUCGACAACCAGCUCGCAAAUCCUUUGGGUCGUAUCUUCGAGCCCAUCCUAGGAGAAAAGAAGGCCGGACAGCUGCUCACUGGCGAGCACACGCGGUCUAUUUCCAAGGCUGCAUCAAGUCUGGGUGGAUUAAUGAAGUUCACUAAGAAGACCCAGACUUGCAUGGGAUGCAAGAAACCACUCUCCAGCAAGGAGGAGAUGGACGGUGCUGUCUGUGUCAACUGUCGUCCUCGUCUCGGAGAACUCUACACAAAGAGCUUGACCAAGGUGUCUGACCUUGAAGUUCGAUUCGGCCGCCUGUGGACUCAAUGCCAGCGCUGUCAAGGCAGUCUUCACUGUGAAGUUAUUUGCUCAUCUCGUGACUGUCCGAUUUUCUACAUGCGCAUGAAAGCGAAGAAAGAUGUCGAAGAUGCACAGACUGACCUGUCACGAUUUGACCUCGACGCCGGGGCCUGGUAA